AUGCCCUACUUGGCUCCACAUUAUGGAGAGCACCAACUAGUUGGAAAUGCUCGGGCCAACUACUCAAAUUAUCUAGGAGGAUCUGUGCUAACUCCAAAGACCGUUCUUCCAAUGCGCCUUGAGGAUUCGCCUGCCUACUCAGGUCUUCCAAUACCACACAAAAUUCGGCGACAUCCUGAUUAGGUCGCAUUCUGGGCCUUCCUGCUUCGGCACCGCUUCCUCCGCUGACCGCCUCCUCCAGCUCUCCGCAAAUGUCGGACCAGUCAAAUAGGGGCUCUCCUGCCACCUUCCUGUCCGCGUCUUGCCUCAGUAGGUCCGUGA